GUGGGCCUUAACAGAGAAGAAGCAGGUUGCUAGCACCCGCCUUUACUGCGGCGAAGUGUCAUUGCUGACGUGGGGGUGGUUGUCCAAUCAUUUGGUUAUGGAACAUUCUAAAACUUAGACAAGACGAUUGUGAUUGGCUGAAGGGCAUACGCCCUCCUCCAGGGUGACGUGUCUGCCUAUGGAUAUCAGUUGCCAGAGAAACCUGGCUUUACUAUGGCGGUUGGAGGAACGGCAGUGAUCACACGUCGGCUGCUGGGAAGAUCUGGAUUCUCGUUUCAGGUCACCAUCAGAAAAGCUAAGUUUGCUGUAUAGUGAGGAUCAGGAGAUCUGAUCCUGAUUGCAGAACCUUCCCUGAUUACAGAAUCUUGGAUGAUUUCACAAAAGUUCAUCUUCAUUGCAGAUACCUGCCUUUCUUUCUAGGUUGUAUCUCCCACUUCACCCUUCUAGACCAUCCCAGAAGAUCUAUAAGAUUUCAUCUGGGAAAUCACUAGGAGUUCUUGGAAGGGAAAGAAGGAAGACUGUUGGUUGGAAUAAAAACAGGGUUGAAUGAGUUCCAGAAAGCAGGGUUCUCAACCUCGUGGACAGCAAUCUGCAGAAGAAGAGAACUUCAAAAAACCAACUAGAAGCAACAUGCAGAGAAGUAAGAUGAGAGGGGCCUCCGCGGGAAAGAAGACAGCUGGUCCACAGCAGAAAAAUCUUGAACCAGCUCUCCCAGGAAGAUGGGGGGGUCGCUCUGCAGAGAACCCGCCUUCAGGAUCCGUGAGGAAGACCAGAAAGAACAAGCAGAAGACUCCUGGAAACGGAGAUGGUGGCAGUACCAGCGAAGCACCUCAGCCCCCUCGGAAGAAAAGGGCCCGGGCAGACCCCACUGUUGAAAGUGAGGAGGCGUUUAAGAAUAGAAUGGAGGUUAAAGUGAAGAUUCCUGAAGAAUUAAAACCAUGGCUUGUUGAGGACUGGGACUUAGUUACCAGGCAGAAGCAGCUGUUUCAACUCCCUGCUAAGAAAAAUGUAGAUGCAAUUCUGGAGGAGUAUGCAAAUUGCAAGAAAUCGCAGGGAAAUGUUGAUAAUAAGGAAUAUGCGGUUAAUGAAGUUGUGGCAGGAAUAAAAGAAUAUUUCAAUGUGAUGUUGGGCACUCAGCUGCUCUACAAAUUUGAGAGGCCCCAGUAUGCUGAAAUCCUCUUGGCUCACCCUGAUGCUCCAAUGUCCCAGGUUUAUGGAGCACCACACCUACUGAGAUUAUUUGUAAGAAUUGGAGCAAUGUUGGCCUAUACGCCCCUUGAUGAGAAGAGCCUUGCAUUAUUGUUGGGCUAUUUGCAUGAUUUCCUAAAGUAUCUGGCAAAGAAUUCUGCAUCUCUCUUUACUGCCAGUGAUUACAAAGUGGCUUCUGCUGAGUACCACCGCAAAGCCCUGUGAGCGUCUACAGACGGCUCACCAUUUUUGUCCUGUAUCUGUAAACACUUUUUGUUCUUAGUCUUUUUCUUGUAAAAUUGAUGUUCUUUAAAAUCGUUAAUGUAUAACAGGGCUUAUGUUUCAGUUUGUUUUCUGUUCUGUUUUAAACAGAAAAUAAAAGGAGUGUAAGCUCCUUUUCUCAUUUCAAAGUUGCUACCAGUGUAUGCAGUAAUUAGAACAAAGAAGAAACAUUCAGUAGAACAUUUUAUUGCCUAGUUGACAACAUUGCUUGAAUGCUGGUGGUUCCUAUCCCUUUGACACUACACAAUUUUCUAAUAUGUGUUAAUGCUAUGUGACAAAACGCCCUGAUUCCUAGUGCCAAAGGUUCAACUUAAUGUAUAUACCUGAAAACCCAUGCAUUUGUGCUCUUUUUUUUUUAUGGUGCUUGAAGUAAAACAGCCCAUCCUCUGCAAGUCCAUCUAUGUUGUUCUUAGGCAUUCUAUCUUUGCUCAAAUUGUUGAAGGAUGGUGAUUUGUUUCAUGGUUUUUGUAUUUGAGUCUAAUGCACGUUCUAACAUGAUAGAGGCAAUGCAUUAUUGUGUAGCCACGGUUUUCUGGAAAAGUUGAUAUUUUAGGAAUUGUAUUUCAGAUCUUAAAUAAAAUUUGUUUCUAAAUUUCAAAGCAA